AUGAGUAUCGUCUGCAACAAUAUGAGUAUCGUCUGCAACAAUAUGAGUAUCGUCUGCAAUAAUAUGGGUAUCGUCCAACACAAUAUGAGUAUCGUCUGCGACAAUAUGAGUAUCGUCUGUAACAAUAUGAGUAUCGUCUGCCACAAUAUGAGUAUCGUGUGCAACAUUAUGAGUAUCGUCUGUAACAAUAUGAGUAUCGUCUGCAACAAUAUGAGUAUCGUCUGUAACAAUAUGAGUAUCGUCUGCCACAAUAUGAGUAUCGUGUGCAACAUUAUGAGUAUCGUCUGUAACAAUAUGAGUAUCGUCUGCAACAAUAUGAGUAUCGUCUGCAACAAUAUGAGUAUCGCCUGCCACAAUAUGAGUAUCGUCUGCGACAAUAUGAGUAUCGUCUGUAACAAUAUGAGUAUCGUCUGCAACAAUAUGAGUAUCGUGUGCAACAUUAUGAGUAUCGUCUGCAACAAUAUGAGUAUCGUCUGUAACAAUAUGAGUAUCGUGUGCAACAUUAUGAGUAUCGUCUGCAACAAUAUGAUUACCGUCUGCCACAGUAUCAGUAUCGACGACCACUCAUUUAAUAAUAUCUAUAUACAUUCCACCAAACAGUAA